GAUUAAAUUAUUACUCCGAAUGCUCCUGACACAGCCUAUAUAUUUGGUGGUUGAUUAAAGAAUCUAAUCUUAAAUGUAAAAAUCAUUAACAAAAAUCUGACAUGUGUCACAUGACCAUACAAAAUGGCGCUGGACAUACGCCUCAAAAAAGUUAACAAGAUAUAUCGUGAAGGGGAUGUUGUGUCUGGUCUGGUGAUUAUUCAGACAAAAGGGGAGCUCCAACACCAGGGAGUCAGUCUCGUCAUGGAGGGCAUAGUCAGUCUACAGCUCAGUUCCAAAAGUGUUGGCCUCUUCGAAGCUUUCUACAAUUCCUUAAAGCCGAUCAACUUGCUGAAUUAUAACGUUGAAGUAGCCAAACCAGGGAAGUUUCCAUCAGGGAAAACAGAAAUUCCAUUUGAGCUUCCAUUGAGACCAAAAGCUGGGAAGUCUUUAUACGAGACUUACCAUGGUGUGUUUGUAAGCAUUCAGUACUGUAUUCGUGUGGAGAUAAAGAGAUCACUGUUGAACAAAGAUUUACAAAAGCAGUGUGAAUUUAUUGUUGAAAAUAAGUUACAGGAUCAAGAAGAGAAAUGCAAGUUGAAACCAGUCAACUUUACAAUCGCUCCCGACACGCUGACCAAUGUGAAAGAUAAGCAGCAUAUCCCGAGGUUUAAAGUGAAAGGAAGACUCGAUUCUUCAUGUCUGCAAAUUACCAAACCACUAACAGGAGAGCUGAUGGUUGAGUAUUGUGAUGCACCAAUCAAAUCUAUAGAAAUUCAACUAGUCCGCGUGGAAACCUGCGGGUGUGCCGAAGGUUUUGCCAAAGACGCGACCGAGAUCCAGAACAUUCAGAUUGGUGAUGGUGAUGUGUGUCGCGGGAUGAUGAUUCCAAUUUACAUGAUAUUUCCACGACUGUUUACCUGUCCGUCUCUCUCUACGAAUAACUUCAAAAUAGACUUUGAAAUCAACAUUGUGCUUGUGUUCCAUGAUGAUCACCUGGUGACCGAAAACUUUCCACUGAAAUUAACACGAUUCUGAUGUCCAAGUGCAUUUCCUUAUUUUGUAAAGACAAUAUGAAAGAGAGAAACAAAGGGAAAAUUUUUACAAAUGCACCUAUCCUUGGAAAAAAAAAAACAAUGGAUGAAAGUCUAAUGUUUAUUUUAUUAUGGCCUAACAGGUAAUCUCUCCCCCCCCCCCCCCCCCCCCCCAAAAAAAAUCUGCCAAAGAAAUCAAUUCAGUUUUUGCCAUGAGCAAAUUCAACGCGAGCUGAAGAUCACUCUCCUGAAAUGGUGCUAUUUGAGCAGUCACAUAAAGUUUGAAAUGAAGGUUAUUUAAAAAAUGUUAUUGCCAGGUUUGCAAUGUGUGUGGUACCAACUGGUGAAUAACCACUGGGGCAGGUGCAGGAUUGUUCUACGGAGGAGGUGCAACAUUUGAAAAGGGCAUCUCCAGCAUUCAAGGAGUGGUUCAUCAUUUAAAAAGGGCACCUCCAGCAUUCAAGGAGUGGUUCAUCAUUUAAAAAGGGCACCUCCAGUAUUCAAGGAGUGGUUCAUCAUUUAAAAGGUCACCUCCAGCAUUCAAGGAGUGGUGCAACAUUUGAAAAGGGCAUCUCCAGUAUUCAAGGAGUGGUUCAUCAUUUAAAAAGGGCACCUCCAGCAUUCAAGGAGUGGUUCAUCAUUUAAAAGGUCACCUCCAGCAUUCAAGGAGUGGUGCAACAUUUGAAAAGGGCAUCUCCAGUAUUCAAGGAGUGGUUCAUCAUUUAAAAACGGCACCUCCAGCAUUCAAGGAGUGGUUCAUCAUUUAAAAAGGACACCUCCAGCAUUCAAGGAGUGGUUCAUCAUUUAAAAAGGACACCUCCAGCAUUCAAGGAGUGGUUCAUCAUUUAAAAAGGACACCUCCAGCAUUCAAGGAGUGGUUCAUCAUUUAAAAAGGUCGGUCUACUAAAAAUUUCCAGGCGAAUGUGGAAGAGAGCAGAAGUUCACAUAACUUCCUACCAAAGACUGAUAAAUGCAUUGUUUACAUUUGAUAAUAACAAGACUUUUCAAGAAAUUUAGUUUUUUGAGGUUGGGGUGGGUGGGGUGUGCACCCCCCAAUUCACUCCUGUUGGACCCGUGACUGACAACACUAAAUCGAGUGAAAUACAUAACAGAUCUGGCAACAGAUGAGAAAACCGGCACUAAUAUAUUUUCAUAGGGACAGGACGUAGCCCACUAGUAAAGCACUCGUCUGAUGCGCAUUCGGUCUAGGUUCGAUCUCCGUCGGUGAACCCAUUGGGCUAUUUCUCAUUCCAGCCAGUGCUCCAAGACUGGUGUAACAAAG